GCACGACCAAACACCACUAUAGAUGCGAAUGGACAGUGGUACCAUGCAAAUGCUGAUUCAGGGGCCUGGCAACAAGCAGUAUUAGACUGCUUGAGGUUGGGAUGAUGUGAAUCGACGACACAAGGCAGGCUUCCUUUGCCGGGACACCCCAAGUGUCCAGGCCCAAAGAAAAAAAAACACCAGCCACAAGCUCCAUAAGGUGGCGGUGCUCAUAUGCGUGGACAUGGAGUCCCAGGCGCCUGAGCAGAGAUGACAUAGCAGUAGGCUGCCCUUCAACAGCCAUGAGACGCCCGCUUGAGUGCCAUUUCCCCCGGAUGAAGAAUAACCUCCGCGUAUCCGAAACGACAGAGGCCAGACAGCAAAAGCCAAAGACAUACCCGUGUGGCGGCCGUGGCUUGUGCAUCAGCUAAGACCGUUACAUUUGCCGCACGUGCAGAGGCCUCCCCACAUAACGUCAUUUCACAGAGUCAGCUACGCGUGCUGCCCCUGGCUCAGGCCGUCGCAUUGUUUCUGCUCUGCCGGAAAACAAGCCACACGAGCUGCUGCUGGCCGCUCCGAGAAGCUCUCACGCCUUCUGCCGGCCGAGCCGCGCACCACACCAGCCACGAUGGACGUCUUUAUAGCCGGCGUCGAGGACUCCGACAAGUGCAAAGACGGCUACGACGCCAUCGAGCCCGGCACCAAGGACAUCGAGGUCCAGGCCGUGCUCGCCGCCUCCUUGGGCUUUACCGCCUUCUUCGCUUUCUGUAUCCUGCGACCACGAUGGAAGUCCCUAUACGCCGCCCGAAAGCGACACCUCGAUCCUGCCGUCGGGCUCCCGCCACUCCCCGACUCCAUGUUUGGAUGGAUCCCGGCGCUGUAUAGGAUAACAGAGGACCAGGUCCUCUCCUGCGCGGGGCUUGAUGCCUAUGUGUUCCUCUCCUUCUUCAAGAUGGCGAUCCGAAUCCUCCUAACCCUCCUUUUCUUCGCCGGCGCCGUCCUGGCACCCAUCCACAACCGCUUCGAGAAGAGCCGCGGGUCGCGCGACGGAUCGGACAAGAAACACCACGCAUUCUGGCAGCAGUCGUCGAGGAAGGGCUAUGGCUACCCCGGCUACGCCCAUGCGUUCAACGAGUCCAACCCCGAUACCAGCUUCAACCCGGACAUGGGCUACCUCUGGGCCUAUCUAGUCUUCACAUACUUCUUCACCUUCCUGGUGAUCUGGUUCCUCAACUCCGAGACCUUCAAGAUGAUCCGCAUCCGCCAAGAGUAUCUCGGCACACAGUCGACCAUCACCGACCGCACCUUCAGGAUCACAGGGAUCCCCAAGGAGCUGCGCACCGAGGGCAAGCUCAAGGACCUCAUCGAGAAGCUCGAGAUUGGCAAGGUCGAGAGCGUGACCGUCUGCAGGGACUGGAAGGAGCUCGACGGCCUGGUCGCCGAGCGGGCCGCCGUCCUCCAGAAGCUCGAGGAGGCGUGGGCCGACUUCCGCAAGAAGUCCCCCAUGUACACGCCUGACGACGCCAUGCGCCGCAACAACAGCAGGUCCAUGCUGGCCGACAUGAACGGCUCCUCGCCCGACGAGGAGGAGGCGGGUGGCGAGAACGGGAGGCUGCUCGGCGGCGAGUCGGCGGCGCACCAGUUCUCGGAGCGCGAGCGCCCGACGACGCGCAUCUGGUACGGCUUCCUGGGCCUGCGGAACCGCAAGACGGACGCCAUCGAUUACUACGAGGAGAAGCUGCGGCGGCUGGACGGGCGCAUCGUCGUGGCGCGCAGGCAGCACUACGAGCCCGCCGACAUCGCCUUCGUCACCAUGGACUCGAUCGCGGCGUGCCAGAUGGCCAUCCAGGCCCUCCUCGACCCGCGGCCCGGCCAGCUGCUGACCAAGCUGGCCCCGGCCCCGGCCGACGUCGUCUGGCGCAACACGUACACGGCCCGCAGCAGCCGUCGGCUUAGCUCGUGGUUCGUCACCUUUUGCGUCGGCACCCUGUCCGUCAUCUGGUUGAUUCCCGUCGCCUGGCUCGGCACACUGCUGAGCCUGUGCACCAUCAACGAGUACUGGCCGUCGCUGUCGCAGUGGUUGGCCCAGCACCAAACCAUCAAGGCGCUCGUGCAGACGGGCCUGCCCACCAGCACGGUGUCGCUGCUGAGCGUCACCGUGCCGUUCCUGUACGAGUGGCUCUCGCAUAAGCAGGGCCAGCUCAGCCGCGGCGACGUCGAGCUCUCCAUAAUCUCCAAGAACUUCUUCUUCAACUUCUUCAACAUUUUCGUCGUCUUCAGCGUCUCGGGCACCGCCACGGGCUUCUGGUCGAGCCUGCAGGAGGACAUACACGACAUCACGCUCCUGACCCGCCACGUCGCGCUCUCCAUCGAGAAGCUCAGCAACUUCUACAUCAACUUCAUCAUGCUCCAGGGCCUCGGCCUCUUCCCCGUGCGCCUGCUCGAGUUCGGGUCCGUGUUCCUAUAUCCGUUCCUCCGGCUGCUCGCCAAGACUCCGCGCGACCGCGCCCAGGCCAAGCAGCCGCCCAUCUUCAGCUACGGCUUCUACCUGCCCACGGCGCUGCUCAUCUUCAUCCUGUGCCUCGUCUACAGCGUCCUGCCCGACGGCUACCUGGUCCUGAUCCUGGGCCUCGUCUACUUCACGCUCGGCUACUUCACCUACAAGUACCAGCUCCUCUACGCCAUGGACGCGCCCCGCCACGCCACGGGCGGCGCCUGGCGCAUCAUCUCGUACCGCGUCAUCCUCGGCCUGCUCAUCUUCCAGGCCGUCAUGUCGGGCAUCCUGGCCCUGCAGACGGCCUACGUGUGCGCCAUCCUGGUGCUGCCGCUGCUCGUCGUGACAUGCUGGUACAGCUACUACUUCCGCCGCCGCUUCGAGCCGCUGACAAAGUACAUAUCGCUGCGCAGCAUCCGCCGCGAGGAGCACCACCGCCACGGCGACGGCGACGGCGACGGCGCGGCCAGCGGUGGCGGCGGCAGCGAGGAGGCCAUCGUGGACGGGGAUGGCGACGACGACGACCUCGAGUCGGCCGUCCCGCCGCCGGGCCCGUCCCACGACCUCGUCGUGCGCGCCGGCAGGAGGAGGCGCAUGCUACGGAGGAUGAGCACCGUCGACGAGGACCGGGAGCGGGGGCUGCGGUUCAUCAACCCCAGCCUUGUCGUUCCACUCGAGCAGCCGUGGAUCUACGACGACCCGCCCCCGAUGAUACCCGAGCCCCAGCCCUCCGAGGCCGGCUCCGAGAGCGGCGACCCCUACAGGGACGAGUCCUUCGGCCCGGAGCUCGAGUACCGCCACCCGUCCCUGGUGUCGGGCGAGGGCGCGGGCGGCAACGGCGGCGGCCUGGCCCGAGGCGGGGGCGGUAGUACGUCCAGCUCGCUCAGCCUAGGUGACACGCACGUGUGGAGGGACAGCUGACCGUGAAUACGAGGUGGCGUCUGUUUAGGCAAAUUUCAUUCGUCGUAAUAUCCUCCGGGGUUGGAUCGAGGUCGGGGAGAGGAGGCGUGGGAAGGAUUGGGUAAGACAUGAAGAAUGACAUAAUAACAGACUCGGGGCUGGGAGGUGAUGUAUCAUUGCCGUCGUCUUCGACGGUGGCUUCCUGGAUUUCCUGUGUUUCUUAGCACAUACUUAGCAGCAGACAGACCCUCUAGCGAUACCAAUGCGUUUCAAGUCGUUCAUUUCCA